CUACAGUACCAUAGUUUGCUUCUGAUUACUUGAGCUAUAAAAUUCUUUAGUAACCCUCCAUAUAUUUGCCUGCAAGGGCCUGCCUGACACUCCAGUUCAAACUGCUAUGAAACAAUUCUUUCGGUCUUGAUCUGCCUCUGACUGAGAAAUCCAGAUGACACGGAACUCACUGAAGACAAUACUUGGAAAAUGUCAAUUUUCGAAAUAACUUUGGCUGUCAUCCUGACUCUACUGGGACUUGCCAUUCUGGCUAUUUUGUUAGCAAGAUGGACACGACGAAAGCAAAAUGAAACUUAUAUGUCCAGAUACAGUUCAGAACAAAGUACUGGACUUCUGGAUUCUGAGGAUGAUAAAGAUUAUUCCUCUAGAAGAUCUAAAAGAGGAAGAGGAUUCCGACAUUCAUAUUCAACAGAAAGUGAUAUUUCUUAUGGUGAUCAGGGAUCCAAAGGAUACUGCACACCAUCAAACAACUCUCUGGCACUGUCACAAUCAAAUGUAGCUUUACCUCAAGGAUCCGUGAGUCAUACAAAGUGUAUAAGAGCAGCUCAAGAACCUCUGUCUGGUGCUGUGGGACCCAUCAAGUUAACUCAAAAAACCAUUGUGCAAACUCCAGGACCUAUUGUACAAUAUACUGGAUCCAGUAGUGCUGAACCUUCAGAAAUGAACACGGGUCCAUCUCCAGCGCCCCAUGGUAUGCCUUUAGCACCCCUGAUGAUUUCACAGAGAAUAACAACAAGACCUGGGCAGCCUACAACACAUGCAGCAAUACCUAUCAUUACACCAAUACCUAUCGGAAUAGCUCACAUACCCACUGGUUACAUGGAUGGAGAAUAUGCAAAAAAAUCAGAUUCCAAAGCCCAGAUUCUAAAACGUGGAGGAACUACAAGUUCUCAAAAGGCUCUAGAAGAAAGCAGGAAAGCACUAAAAAAAGAAAUAUUUACAGAUUCUGCUGAAUCUUUGAUAUCAAUACACAAAAAAGAGUCAAAAAGAAGGACAAAAGACAAUGAAUUGGAAAAAGAGAAGAAAGGGAUAGAUGUCGAGGUAGGCAGUAAUGCUGAAAUAUGAAAAAGACAAAAAUCUCAAAUAAAGAAGAGUGAUGCCAUAAUACCAGAAAGACCUGAAGCCCAAGAGAAGACAAGUGAAGAGGAAGUAUCAGUAGUUCAGGGAUCCCAAAAAAAGACACACGAGGAAGCAGUACCAAAAGGACAGGAAUCAAGUGAGGAAAAAGUACCAGAAGGAGAGCAAGUCCAAAAAAAGAUGAGUGAGAGCAAAGCACCAGGAAAGGAAGUCCAAAAAAAGACAAGUGAGAAAAAAAUACUAGAACAGGAAGUCCAAAAAAUGACUAGUGAUGAAGAAGUACAAGAAGUACAGGAAGCCCAAAAACAGAAUAAUGAGGAAAAAGUACCAGAAGCACAGGACGUCCAAAAAAAGGCAAGUGAGAGAAAAGCACCAGGACAGGAAGUCCAAAAACAGACAAGUGAGAGAAAAGCAUCAAAACAAGAAGUCCAAAAACAAACAAGUGAGAGAAAAGUACCAGGAGAGGAAGUCCAAAAACAGACUAGUGAGGAAGAAGUACAAGAAGUCCAAAAACAGACAAGUGAAAGAAAAGUACCACGACAGGAAGUCCAAAAACAGACAAGUGAGAGAAAAGUACCAAUACAGGAAGUUCAAAAAAAGACUAGUGAGGAAGAAGUACAAGAAGUACAGGAAGUCCAAAAAAAGACAAGUGAGAGAAAAGUACCAGGA